AUGCCACUAUUGAUGACCAUAUGUAGAAAAAGAUUUGAGAAACUAUACUCAGAGAUGCAUAAUUAUUCCACAAUAUUUGAAAAAGCAAAAUACGGUACAAAGGAAAACAAUCCAGCUAGAAGUAAAGAGCACUAUGCUGUCUUUAAUUGGUGGGAAGCAUGCAUAAAGCUUAGUGGUCAAUGUAAAAAUCAAUGUGGUGAAAAAGAAUUUAAGAUGGCAUACUGUGCAAGACCUACAACUCUCUGCUGCAUGAGACAAUGUGACCGCAUUGAGUAAUUGAAGAGACCCAUUCACAAAAAGGACAAACAUUAA